UUUUUUUUUUAAAUUUUUUUUUUUUUUUUUUUUUAAUCUGACCAAGAUAGGCGGCUCGGGUACCAAGAUGUCGAACCGAAUGGUGUGCAGAGAAGCGAGCCACGCCGGCAGCUGGUACACCGCCUCAGGUAGAGCCAGGGGAAAGGGGGCCGAUGUCCUGCAAAGCUAGCUAACAUUAGCUAACAUUAGCUAGCUGGCGUUGAACGGGUGGGGGCUGUGUGAUCAGCUGUGAAUUUUUAAAUACCUCGGUCUACAUAACAAGGCCUUGGCUUGCAUUCGAGUGCUCGCCGUUGUUAUUACUUAGUUGGCAAGUAUUAUUAACACUAACUUUUAGGGCCUAGAGCCAGCUGAUCAGAUCACAUGUAGCGAUUCGUUUAACGAACCCUUUUUUUUUUUUUUUUGUUAUGGCUGUGUAUUAUCGAGUGAGUUUAGGGACAAAGCCGCUGGCUAGCUAAGAAUGUAUUUGGCUAACCGGUAAGCUAAAAAUAUCUUGAAUAAAAGCGCUGAUGUAUUACAUUACAAGUGGCUGUAGUUAGUAAAGCAAUGUCAGAUUUAAAAAAAAAAAAAAAACAAUCAAGCAUCAGUUGACGGCUAUGGUGCUGCGGAUAUCUUUAAAAAAAUGAUUUUCCUGUUAGUAUUCAACGCAGCAUAUUCGAAGCUAGUUGUUCUAGCUAACUAGCCAUUUUUCGAUAGAAAACACAAAUUAGCUACGAUUAUUAACUACCUAGAUCGUAUACUGCCUAGAUCUAGAGGUGUACAUGUUAGACCGUGUUGUAGUUAACGCACAAAAACAUAACCCGAUUGCCUAGAUGUGUCAACUAAGUCUAACCUCUGAGUUGGGUUCUUGGCUAGCUGUGCUGUUUCCAAACUGGCAUCUUAUUAGUCAGCAGAUUUUGAAGCUGGCUUAAAGUGUCAGUUUGCUGGCACUGGCAAAUCAGAAUGAAUUUUACUACCUGGACUUCAUCUACACGCUCCUGGCAAGCAAAACCUGCAUCCCUCUGACCUGCCUUGCUCAUCUGGUCAGAUAUUACGGCACUUAAAACGUGUUUUGACUUCUUUAUGUGACCUGUGUGCACUCUGAUCGUUCAAUCACCAAUGUAAAAAGGUGCGAUUAUUCGGUAUUCGCAUCUCUUUGACAUUUCAGUGUGCCGGGGUAUCGCACAGGCUUGAGAUCGGGUCAACGACGAAGGCAAUCGAGGUGUUUUAACAUCAUUCUAGUCUAAAUCAGACUUUCGGUACGGUACUGACUAGCAAGAACACGCUGGUGAGCUCCUAUUGAUAGAACAUUACACCAGUAGGUCCUUUUUAAGAGUUUGCCACAAGAUGCAAAACACCUGGUGAACCUUAAGAACAUAAAAGCCAGGCUGCAGUCUGCUUAAAAAUGUACAUAAUGGGCUGUAAAAUUCUGGGAUGACUUGAACCCUAUUGAACAUACAUGCAUGCAUGCAUUUCACUUUCUGAAGACAAAGCAAUUAAAAGGUGGCAUGAAAUCCUUUGAGAAGGCAUUCGGUCUAGACGUUCAUCAAACGAGACGCUAAUCGAUUCGACGUCCGCGUGCUUACGAUUGCAAAGUAGUAAGCAUCACACUAAGGGUUUUAAUUCUUCCAGCUCUCUGUCAUUAGCUGCUGUGUACAAGUGUUUAUGUUUUGAGGAAAAUAUGUGAAGACGUUUUUGUUGUCUGAUUCUCUGGUGUCUGGACUGUUUAAAAUGUGCAAGACAUUUGUGGGAUUUGGCAAAUACUCUGUUCUAUAGAGACAAUAAUGUGAAAUGUUGGAUCAUGUUCAGGUGAUCCAACAUCAACUGUCUUGCCACAGUCCCGUGUCCAAUUAAGUAGGCUAAAAGCCACAAAACGGGGGAAAACAAAGAGUCUGGCUAGUGUUAUAUGCUGUGUUAGUGCACUAGUGUAUACUGUUAUAGUAUUUGUGCUGCACUGUACUGUAUUUUGCUUAGUGUUUCCAUGUCUAUUUGUAUUCCUGUUUUUGGAAAGAUCUAGCAUUUGUUUGUCACUUUGUCGCCAACCCUCUGACUUGAGCUCUACCUUCUUGCAGGUUUCAUCUCCAACCAAAAUCCAACAAAUCAGAACUUCUUAAGGCAAUGAUUAGAUGGUCGGGUGGGCACGAUUAUGGUUGUAGCUGCAGUCUUCAGGAAGGUAGAUCUCCAGGAACAUGGUUGGUGACCAUUGGUUAAAGUUAAUUAAUAUGCAUAGUAAAAUGGUUCCUACCAACAGCCAGACCAAGCCCUCGGUUCACGUGUAUAGUGCAGCUGGCGGUGGGAUGUGGGAAAGUGUCGCACAUGCCACAGCACUGAGGUGCAGCAGGCUUCAUUUCAAUAGGGAGUAGAAUUGCCACAUUCACAAAGUACUUUGUUUCCAUCAGUAGCUAUUUACAACUGAGCAGUUGAGGGUUAAGGGCUUUGCUCAGGGGCCCAGCAGUGGUGGUGUAAUUUCAAAUACACACAUCAUAAGCAAGCUUAUAUAUGACUAACAUCGCUGCACCUGAAAGAAGUAUGGCUAAAGACGUGCUUCCAAAUUGUUGGUAUGAUUUUGCAGAGCUGGCAUCGUAACAGAAUCCUUUCCCUUUGAACUGUUUUAAAGCCAGAUAGCCCAUGAUGAUGAUGAUGAUGAUGAUGAUGAUAAUAGACACUCAGAGCCCUGGGGAAAUUGAGUAAACUCGCUCCACAAACCUGCACAACCUUAACUAGUGCACUAGAAUUAGCCAGUUAGAUUCUUGUUAUUGGCUUUGUAUUCAGCAAUAGUCAAAUUGAUGUGUACAGUAACAUUUUUAUUGUCAUAAUACUUCUGUAAUACUUGGGAGACCUCAAUAAUGGCAACAGAUAAUUUAUUUUAGGGCUGCAAAACUAAUCCACAAGAUAGACAUCACUGCCGUGGUGCAUUACAUCACUUGAUUUAGACUAAAAAUGCAUUUGAUGGAAAUGGCGGCGCACAUAACAGCACCCUAAAGUAUUGGAGCUGUCUCUACAUUAUGCUACACUGUUGGCUUAAUGGCAUUGUGUUUUCAUGUGAGUAAUAUUUUGAUUUGUAAUACUUUUUGGGAAUGUGGGAAAGCGGUGCAAGCACAAUGUACUGGUUUGAAUCAUGCUUAUUAACUGCUGAUUUGCACUACCAUAUCUGGUUUUUCUAGUUGUUUUGCACCUUUAUGGCCAUCAUUAAUCAUUCAUGCUCUAUCAGAAAACAUUAUCCCGACCUACUUUGGCCAAGUAGUAGUUUGUAUGACAGCUGGAUGGGUUAAAAAUGAACAUGGUCUCAAAUGAAGGAUUAGUUUAUGAGACAAAAGUUUUCUCGUUUCAAAAUAUCAUGAAGCAUAUAGUAGGUAUACAAGUCUACACACCCCUGUUAAAAUGGCAGGUUUUUGUGAUUAAAAUUGUUUUAAACCAAGAUAAAUGUCAGAAUAUUUCCAACCCUCAAUGUGAAGUUACAACGUAUAAUAAAAAAUUAAGGGGAAAAACAAUCAAACAUUGUAGGCAAAAUAAGUGUUCCUUUGACCUUGUUGCGUAAGAGUGCACAACCUUUUAUAAUUUGGGACAUGGGAAUGAACCAAUCACAUUCAAGCUUGUGUUCAAGAGUAAUUAUCAUACAGCUGACAUCAAUUCAAUUGUUCUGAUCAACCCCGAAUAAAGACCAGCUGUUUCUGUAGGAUUUUCUUGACAUCAUCUUGGUUUCAUCUGACUGCUGAAGCCAUGGUCUGCAAAGAGCUGACAAAGCCUGUACAGGAUCUCACUGUCGAAAGGAAUCGAUUAGGAGAGGGGUGUACACACAUUUUCAAAAUGUUAUAUGUAAAGACAAUUGAGCACCACAGUGACAUGACCAAGAAAAGGACAUCCCUCCAAAAUUUACAAGACAAAAACUUACCAGGGAGGCCAUGAGACCAGCAACAACAUUAAAGGAGCUGUAGGAAUGUCUGACAAGUACUGAUUACUCUCUGAAUUUCAAUUUGGGAAAAUAUCGCCAAGUUAGGAUAUGCCAUGCAGAUAGACUCUUACCCAAAACGACUGAGCGGUGUAAUGAAAUAAAAAGGUGCUUCGACAAAGUAUUAGUUUAGGGGUGUGCACACCUUUGCAACUAGGUUAUUGUUGGUGGUUUAACCCCCCACCCCCCUAAAAACUCAGAUUUUCACUUUAUUUGUAUAUUGCUUUUGCUCAUUAAAGAUGGGAAAAGAUCUGACAUGAUUUAUAUUUGCGUCAUUCUAUUGCUUCACAAAAACCUUCCAUUUUAACAGGGGUGUGUAUACUUUUAUGUCCAUUGUAUGCAAUGGCAAGCAAAAUUAAUUUAGCACUGGAGUGUUUCAGUUAGUGUGACAGCCAGUGGAUAUUGGACUUGACAUAAUAUUAGUUGUAUAAAAGUGUCUGAAACCGGGAAUGCUGUCACCUUAGGUUAGUUUGGACGUCUCAUUUGGUCUCCAUAUGCACUUGAUAAUACUCUAAUGCUGUGACAGAUAAAUAUCAGUCAUUUUGUAUGGCAGUUAAUAACUUAUUUAAUUAAGCCUUAAGCAUUCAGUAGUAGUGGUAGUUUAAAUAUUUUUUUUUUUUUAAAUUCUUUAGCAUUUCAAUUAGUAUUUUGAAAUAUAAUCCAAGGAAUUGAAUAGUCAGUAGAAAAAAAUCAGCAGUAACUUAAUCGAUUAUCAAAAUAAUUGAUCAUCUUAUGUACUUGUUUUUUUUCCCCCACCCCUGUCAGGCAUCCUAUAAUAGAGCUCAUAAUGUGUUUGGGAUACAGCCCUGAGGGGAGCAUUAUAAAUGUUCCAGAACUCAGACAGUUCUCCUUUAUUUAGGUACCUCAUGCUGGGGGGGGGGGGAAUGCAAUGAAUUAAAUAAAUAAAUAAAAAAUAGCAAGGACGAUAAUAGAAAUGUUGGUAAUACAGUGGUUUACAGAUGUUGUAUGAAUAAGUAUGAUUUUGUAGUUUUAAGAUGUCUUCACCUGUUCUCAGAGCAAGGUGAGUAAUCAAGAACAUGAGGUGCUGUCAUUUUCACAGUGGGUAUUAUGGAUCCCAGCUGAAUGCACAGCUGGAGGGCUGGUUAUCUCAAGCACAAUCUACAUUAGGACCUGCUAGAGCCAUUAUAGCACCACAUGCUGGUUAUACAUAUUGCGGCGCUUGUGCAGCACAUGCCUACAAGCAAGUGGACCCUUCUGUUACCCGGAGGGUAUUUAUUCUUGGACCUUCCCACCAUGUGCCCCUGUCUCGAUGUGCUCUCUCCCCUGCUGAGGUCUACAGAACGCCACUGUAUGACCUGAGGAUCGACCAGAAGGUGUAUGCUGAUCUCUGGAAAACAGGCAUGUUUGAGAGGAUGACUUUGCAAACAGAUGAGGAUGAGCACAGCAUUGAGAUGCACCUGCCUUACACUGCCAAAGCAAUGGAAAGCUGCAAAGAUGAGUUCAGCAUUGUUCCUGUGCUGGUGGGAGCUCUGAGUGAAUCUAAAGAGCAGGAAUAUGGCAAGCUGCUCAGCAAAUACCUUGCUGAUCCCUCCAACCUUUUUAUUAUUUCAUCAGAUUUUUGCCACUGGGGUCAACGGUUCCGUUACACAUACUAUGAUGAAAAUCAGGGCGAAAUCUAUAGAUCCAUUGAGCAUCUGGACAAGAUGGGUAUGGGAAUUAUAGAACAGCUGGACCCGGUCUCCUUCAGUAACUACUUGAGAAAAUAUCACAAUACUAUUUGUGGUCGCCACCCCAUUGGAGUUCUACUAAAUGCUGUGGCAGAGCUGAAGAAGAAUGGUUUAGACAUGAACUUUUCUUUCCUCAAUUACGCUCAGUCUAGCCAGUGUAGAAACUGGUCAGACAGCUCAGUGAGUUAUGCUGCUGGAGCUCUUGUAGUUCAUUGAGGUGAAUUCACCCAGGAGCAACUUCCAUGGCUUUCGUUGAAGACCCCAGAAACUUCCCCAACUAUUUUAAACAGCCCAAGCACCCUCAACCUCUCCACCUUCUAACCCUGUUUCCUUAUUUUCUCCUUGAAUUUUCCAGUGGAAGGACCUUAGAUUUGCUGAGAUGAGCUAAAAGCAUUAAAUACCAAUUAAAUAUCCAA